AUGAGCCAGGAUUAUUUCACCGGCAAGGGAAAGGGGCCGCUGCGCUCCGAUCCCGAUCCCGACGCGCCAAAGAACUCGAGUCCCUCAUCAUCGAGUCGACCUCAUUACAUGACGGUUGGUAGCGGAUCGACAUCGGAGCACGCCGCACGGUUGCAGAAUAUGCUGGAUGUCGAUUCUGGAUAUGGAGGAAGCGUGGCUGGCGAAGAUCACCACAUGGCCAUGACAUCGGCGACAAACUCGACCUCCGACUCAAGUCAGCAUCCUCGAGGCAGAGCAAGUGCAGGCCAUCAGAUGUGGUACUACCGCCAACGCGCGAUACUAGGCAGGUCGAUCAACAAGGUCCUGGAUUUGUUACAGAGUCUUCAACAGAUGAACACUGAGUGGCCAGCCCAUUAUCCGACCAUCCGGCCUGCGGACGCGACGAGCUCAGAAAGGCCCGGAAUGGGACGCACGUACUCAGUUUCAGGAGACGCUGCCAGCUCUUCGUCAACAACCGCCCAGCCUCCGUUGUUAAGGCGAUCUCUGACUGCCGCCGAUGCUUCAACCGCUGAGUCGAGCCGCGCCGCCAAGAACCGACCGGCGCCAGAGCCGAGGCUAGUUUCUCCCCAAAUUGCGCAAGAAUUAUCUAUUUUGAAAUUGGAUCUGAAAUUAGGAGCCCUGCAUCAAGCCGAGCUUGUGCACUCUUUAGAGAAGAACUCCAUUGCAGCUCUUCUGGACGGCAAAAUUAGCUCGAGCAUAAGGCAUCUAUUAUCCCUCCGCGAGCGCAUCGAAGAUACUUCCAGCAAGGUCCUCAUCACGGGUGACUUGAAUGCUGGAAAGUCGACUUUUUGCAACGCCCUGUUGCGACGCAAAGUUCUGCCAGAGGACCAACAGCCAUGCACCGCCAUCUUUUGCGAAGUCCUAGACGCCAGGGAAAAUGCGGGAAUUGAGGAAGUGCACGCCGUGCACAAGGAUUGCACCUACAGCAGACAUGACGAGACAACCUACGACGUUUAUGCUUUGACCGAGCUGGAAAAAAUUGUUACGGAUAACGAAACGUAUACUCAGUGCAAGGUAUACGUGAAGGAUAUUCGGACAGUGGACGAGUCACUACUCAACAAUGGCGUAGUCGACAUUGCGCUAAUCGACGCACCAGGUCUCAACUCAGAUACUACCAAAACUACCGCCAUUUUCGCCAGACAGGAGGAAAUUGAUGUCGUUGUGUUCGUUGUCUCAGCAGCAAAUCAUUUCACACAGUCUGCCAAGGAGUUUAUAUACGCAGCCGCCGCUGAGAAGGCCUACUUGUUCAUUGUCGUCAAUGGCUACGACACCAUCAGAGACAAGGAGCGAUGCCAGAAGCUUAUUUUGGAUCAAGUUUCUGGACUGAGCCCAGAUACUCGUAAAGAAUCAUCAGACCUUGUUCACUUUGUAUCAAGCAAUGCUAUUCCAGCCGGACCAGCACCGCCAGGAGGUCCUGGUGGCAACGGAAGCGGCAGUUCCAGCGGUGGAGGUGGAGGCGAUGAUCCAGGCGACGAUGGAGCAAAGGGCAAGGGCAAAGAUUUGGACAAGAUUCGAGACUUUGAGGCUCUGGAAGCAUCAUUGCGUCGCUUCGUUCUCGAAAAGAGGGCGAGGUCCAAGCUUGCCCCUGCGAGAACAUAUCUAUUGAACAUCCUCAAUGAUAUACACAGUUUGGCUCAGGUUAACGAAGAAGUUGCCCAGUCAGAGAUUGACAGGGUCUCUGCUGAACUCAGGGAAAUUGAGCCACAACUCGCCUCAAGUCGAAAGGCCAGGUCCGAAGUAAGCGAGCAAAUAGAUCGAAACAUCGAGGAGACUUGUCAAGAUGUCUACGAUCACAGUCGUUCUGAGCUUAAUACCGCCAUCACUCAGGCCGGCAGGACCAACUACGACGUGCCAUACCCCGGCGUCUUUGGCGCCUUCCAGUAUGCCGACGAUAUUAAAGAGGCCAUGCUCUCGCACAUCACGGACGCCGUCACGCGCUGCGAAGAAUACGGCAGAGAAAAGAGCGUCCAAGGCGUAAAUACUAUUAAACAACUGGGCCUGCUACAUGUUGGGGACGAGUUCCAGAACCUACAGUUUCGACCAGACGUCAUGUUCCGGAGAAAGCGUGAUGCUCUCGCACGACAGGUUCAUAUUCCAACUGAGCUUUGGGACUUUGUGGACUGGUCGACUCUGUUGCAGCGCCAGGAGAAGUUUGCAGGGACCGGCAUGGCCUUGACGGUGGCGGGCGCUGUCGUGCCUCGAAUGCUUGGCAUGAGUAACUGGAUGGAUCAUGCCAUGUUGACGACUCGGGUGUUGAGCAAUGGGAAUCUCCGUCAACUGAUUGUUCCUGGAAUUGUCAUUGCUGCGAUCGCCGGGGUCGCCUACGUUUUACAGCAGAUCCCCAACUCCCUACCCCCCAGACUCGCCACCAAGAUUUCUUCGCAGCUGGCUGAACUAGACUACAUCCAUGCCAACUCAUCACGAAUUUCCUCAUCAGUCCGCAAGGUCCUGCGCUUCCCAGCUGACAGUCUCCGCGUCGGCCUCGACCAAAGCGUCAAGGACCUAGGUAACAAACGGGAUGAGGCCGACAAAGUCCGACACGAAAGUGAAGAAGCUUCCAAGUUUUUCCACGAGCUAGUGGGCAGGAGUCAAGUCCAAAGAAGCAUGGUCGAGGCUGUGGAUUUGGAUGCGCCGCAAGAGCUCCACUGA